GUUGGUUCUUGAGCAACGUCCAUAGCCUAUACUUUGGAUUCUGGCGCCGGGCUCAAGGAAAUCCGCCGUUUCUGACAUGAUAUGAAGCACUGUUGGUAUUGAUGUGCCACUCAAUGAGUCUUGUGUCACGCAGUCGCGCGGUAAACCACAUGCGACCGAAAAAGACGACCUGGUGAUGGUGCCCGGAUGCCAUUGCUAUUCCCGGCACGGCGGGUUGUACGCUCGACAGGCGCAAUCUAGGUGUUGUGACUUGUCAUCCACAAUAUAAUGGUGUUGCUGUCUACCUGGGUAUGCUUUCCAUGUGGCACAGCAUCAAUAUUUAUUAACGGGCUUCGUUCCUCUCUCUCCCACUGAUAUCAAUCAACAUCAACACCUCAGUUUCAUUUCUUCGCAUCAUUUGUGAAAUAUACUACCAUCUUCCACUUGAAUAUCACAUUCACACGUCGUGUUCCACGCCUGGACAAUAACAUCGGUAUAUAUUAUCUGUUCCAAUUUCUCAACAUGGCCGAGCUUAUUCCCAAUGGUCUGCUUCGUCCGGAGGACCGACGCAUCCUCCACCGAAUCGCCUUUGAGGGCGAAGACACAGCUCACUGGGCAUUGUUCCUUCCUGAGGCCGCUGGCGGCGUCAGUGGUCUCCUGGUGCACGUUGGUAUCCUCAAAGGAAAAAGUGGCGCCAAGCAGAACCGUCAACUGCGGAGCGAAAUCAUCAACCUUUCAAGCACCUCGGCGCAGUGCGCCUUUCCAAUCGCCAACACAUACGUCAGCGAAUAUCAGCUCAUGCGAGCUGCCCAAACGGUCUUUGACCGCAAGGAAUACCGGACCUUGACAAACAACUGCCAACACUUUUGCAUCGAUGUUAUCACUGAGCUCAAUCAAAUCUGGCCAGAGUGUGUCACGGCCCAAGCCGUGAAAGAUGUCGCAACUCGAGGCACUAUUUUUACCAAGACAACUCGUUUCCUGAAGAUGGAUCGCUUGAUAGAGGCUAGGAACAAGUGGAAGUCCAGGACUAAACAGGCCCCGAGCCCUGUCCCUCGAACGUUCACUCGCAUAUCUAUCAAGUGAAGUUUGAGACUGUUGAAUCUAGGUAGACUAGCAUGCCACACAUGAGCCAUAUCUUUUUGUGUGACUUGGAGGUUUAUACCUGAGAGUAGAGCAUGAGUGGCACAGUGUGGCCAUGUGCCCCCUGUGGAAUAAUGGGCAUGGAUGAUUAGAGUAUUUGCAGGCCAAUGAAUAUUUAUAGCGGAACUAUGAAAGAACUAAGGAACUUAAAACUUCACA